AUGUCUGAAGAUUCCAUACCUGACCCCCAAGUUGAUGUUGAUCAAGAAAUCGAUGUUCCUGAUGAUGAAGCAACUCAAGCCGUCAAUGAUGUGUUGGAAACUCUUGCUGAUGCUGCCACUGCACAGGAUGUUGCACCAAAUGUUGAAUCACAGGAAGAUCGUGGUUCUGAAUCCAAAUCUGAAGAGAAAUAUCACGAGUCUGAUGCUGAGAAGGGCGAUGAUUCUGAUGUUGCAAGCCAUGACUCUUCAAGAGAGAAGACUCCCUCUGUUGAGAUAACCCCUGUGAAAUCUCCUGAACCCUUAUCCAAAAAGGAUAAAAAGAAAAGGAAAAAAAAAGGCUCUGGUGUUCUGAACCUCAAGACUCCAAAAGCAUCUCAGGUCCCAGUUCUUGAGAAGAAGAAAAAGAAAGAAAAGAAAGAGGAGAAGGUUGCUGCCUCUACUGGAAGGAAGAGGAAACAUGUAUCUGAAACUGACUCUGACCCUGAUGUCAAGCAAGAUGUCCCAGACAUCUCCACCACUGCCACGAAGAGAGUCAAGGGAAAGAGAAUUCCUUUGAAUGUUCCAGAUGCACCCAUGGACAGUGUCUUUCCACUCUGCAGAGCAGGCCUGAUGAAGACUGUGGCUAGAAUUGGUAAGUGUUAUAUUCAACUGGUAAGGGAAUUCAUUGUGAACAUUCCAUCUAAUUGUGAUAAUGAGGACAGUGCUGAGUAUAGAAUGUGUUUAAGCCCUGAUGCUGUGACUGAGGAGGAGCCUGAUUUGGAUAGGGUUGCUAACACCCUUACUGGAAAGUUGGUCAAGAAGUGGCCAAAGAAUGGGUUGUUACCCUCUGGAAAGCUUACUGCUAAGUAUGAUGUGCUCUACAAAAUAGGCACUGCAAACUGGAUGGCUACUCAACAUCUCUCUGGAACCCUCAAGCACGCUGGCUCUUUUGCUGUGAAGCUGCCUAUUAUGUUUCCCUGUCUUCUUUCUGGACUUAUCUUGCAACAACAUCCCACCAUUCUGUGGGCUGAUGAGCCUUUAGGUAAGAAGCCUCAACCUCUGAAAUUUGAUUUUCGACCGUUUGCUGGUCCACAUGUUCGAGACAUCAUGUUUUCUGCUAGAGGAACUGCCAAUGCCAGUGGUACUAAGGCACUUGGUUCAAGCAAGGAGGAUAUUGUGGCUGAAUUGCAGGAAGUUUCCAAGACUCUGCAAGAGACUAUCCAGGCCUGCAAGGUGAGGAAACUUAAUGUGGAUAUUUUGAUGACGAAGAAGAGGUUGAAGAGGAAGUUGAGAAUGCAGAGGAUGAAAAUGCUGUAG